UCCUCUCCUGUUUAGGAAGGCGCCAGCAUGACGCUGCAGUGCACCAAGUUGGGGGGACACUGGAAGAUGGUGGUGUGGGACGAGGAGGGCUUCCAGGGCCGGCGGCAUGAGUUCACAGCUGAGUGUCCCAGCGUACUAGAGCUUGGCUUUGAGACGGUGCGAUCCUUGAAAGUGCUGAGUGGAGCCUGGGUGGGCUUUGAGCAUGCUGGCUACCAAGGACAGCAGUAUGUGCUAGAACGGGGCGAGUACCCAUGCUGGGACGCCUGGAGCGGCAACACAGCCUACCCCUCCAAGAGGCUCACCUCCUUCCGGCCCGUGGCCAGCACUAACCACCGUGACUCAAGGCUGACCAUCUUUGAGCAAGAGAACUUCCUGGGCAGGAAAGGGGAGCUGAGUGAUGACUGCCCUUCCCUCCAGGCCAUGGGCUGGGAUGGCAAUGAAGUGGGCUCCUUCCACGUCCACUCAGGGGCCUGGGUUUGCUCCCAGUUUCCUGGCUACCGAGGUUUUCAGUAUGUGCUGGAGUGCGAUCACCACUCAGGCGACUACAAGCAUUUCCGGGAGUGGGGCUCUCAUGCCCAGACCUUCCAGGUGCAGAGUAUCCGCAGGAUCCAGCAGUGAGCAGGGGGCCUGGCACUGAGGAGUGCACCUGCACUUGCCUGGAAUGGCGGGGCUGUGGAGGUCGUUAUGUGCUCUCUCAUUCUGCCUCCCUGUGUAACCCAUGUAAAGCCGGCAGCCAUGUGGGCCAGUCCAGGCACAGUCGGUACAAAAAACUACAUGUAAUAAAAAAAGAAGGUCCAGUGUUUGUUUGCAUUUUUCAAUUUCACAAAUCUUUUCCAAGAGCCAGUUGUUAGCUUUGUUACUUUUUUCUGUCAUUUGUUUGUGUUUUAUUUCACUGAUUCUGCUCUUAUUUUUAUUUCCUUCCUCCUGUUUACUUCAAGUUUAUUUUUUCUUCCUUUUCAAGCUUUUUAAGGCACAAUCUUGGGUCACUGCUUUUAGGCCU